AUGGUGAAAUUCGGAUUGCAGUUUAAAGCCACGCUGGAAAAUGUCACCAAUGUGCGGCCGGUUGGUGACGACUUUCGUUGGUUUUUGAAGAUAAAGUGUGGCAACUGUGGAGAAAUCUCUGAGAAAUGGCAGUAUGUAAAUCUAGAGGAAAGUACUCCGCUGAAAGGUGGACGAGGUAGUGCCAAUAUGGUGCUAAAGUGCAAACUCUGCUCCAGGGAAAAUUCUAUUGAUAUUAUUGAGGGCAAAAUUACACCAUAUAAUGCUGAGGACAGUGAAACCUUCAAGACAAUGGUGCAAUUUGAAUGUCGAGGUUUAGAACCUGUUGACUUCUGGCCACAAGCUGGCUUUGCAGCAGUUGGAGCCGAGUCAGGUACACCUUUUCCUGAAAUUAGCCUCUUGGAAAAAGACUGGACUGACUACGACGAGAAGGCCAAAGAAUCUGUAGGAAUUUAUGAAGUGACACACAAGUUCAUAAAAUGCUAG